AUGACUCUGGAAAUCUUUGAUGUAUUCGACGCAGCUUGGCGAGUCUCCUGGCAAGCAGCAGCAAUCGUCUCACUGGUCGCAGGAGUCACCUCUCACCAUCUGAUCUUCCGGCGUUUUGAGGUUGAUGGUUAUGCGUGGCAACUCUUGUUUAUCUUUCUGGGUUCGAGUGCCGUUCUGAUCAUUGCGCAUAUACGAAUCGGUGGUUACAGUUUAAUAUUAGCCAUAUGCCGCGCUUUGCUGGUUUCGAAUGCGUAUAACGCCGGAGUGGUAGUCAGCAGCCUUACCUAUAGAGCAUUCUUCCAUCCUUUGAAUCGCUUCCCAGGCCCUUUCAUGGCUAAGCUUUCGCGGUUUUAUGCUAUGCGCAACGCCGCCAAAAGCCUCAAAGCAUUUGAAGAUAUCCAAAGGUUACAUGAAACGUAUGGAGAUAUUGUUCGCGUUGGAGCUCGUGAGCUAUCCAUCAAUCGCGCAUCUGCCAUAGGUGUAAUCUAUGAAACCCCUACACGAACAACGAGGUCGCCUUGGUAUGCGCAGGUCUCAAAUGAUGUAACAAAGAUAUCGCUGAAUUCGACUCGGGUUCUUAAAGUUCACAAGCUUCGCAAGAAGAUUUGGGAAAGAGGACUUGGAUUUCGAGCAUUGGCUGUCUACGCGCCGCGGAUCAAGACGAAAGUAGAUCUUCUCUUGGCGAAGAUUGCGGAACAUAGCGGCCGCCCAAUCGACGUGACAGAAUAUUCCAUGUUCUUUGCCUUUGAUGUGAUGGGCGAGAUUGGAUUUUCCAAGGACUUCCAUAUGCUAGAAUCGGAGACCGAGCAUCCGGCUAUCAAAGGUGUUCAUGAGAGCAUGUUGGCCAUCGGUGUUUUGGGUACGGUACCAUGGCUGUUAUCCAUGAUCUCCAAAGUGCCUGGUGCAGCAGCAGGCUUUUCUCGAUUCACCACCUGGUGCCACCAGCAACUCCAGGAAAAGCCGACGUUGAAGGAUCAGGGCCCCCGAGACAUAAUCUCCUGGUUAAUCAAGGCAGUAACCGAGGGAGACCCUUCGGCGCCGCCUGGUGAAAUGGCAAUUCAGGAAGAUGCUCGACUUUUGAUAAUUGCGGGAAGUGACACAACCAGCGCAGCCCUCGCAAAUGCGCUCUAUUACCUUGCCAGCAAUCCAAGGACGUAUCGACGUCUCCAAGCUUCGCUUCGUGACCAGUUUCCAGGAGGCGUAAUUGAUUGGUCGUAUGAGAAAAAUAUCCCGUACCUGGACUACGUUAUCAACGAGACCUUGCGGCUAAAGCCUUCCGUCCCAGGCGGCCUCCCGCGCGUUACACCGCCAGAAGGCCUAAUGAUUGAUGACGAAUUCAUCCCCGGAGGCACAGUAAUGGCUGUUCCGACAUUCACUGUCCAGCGAGACCCGAGAUUCUGGGCAGACGCAAACGCUUUCAAACCCGAGAGAUGGGAGGGCCUGUCAACGGAGAAGUCUCCUUGGAUUCCGUUUACGCGAGGUCAAUGGGCCUGCCCCGGUCGAAAUCUUGCGAUGAUGGAGAUGCGCAUGGUCCUCAGCCGCAUUGCGCUUCGGUAUAACGUUUCAUUUGCCGAUGAAGAUGCCGCGAAAAGGUUCGACGCGGAUGUCAUGGACACGUUCACCUUGACGCUACCGCCAUUGCACCUUGUUUUCACGCCUAUAUAG